AUGAAGCGUCGCACCAUGGUCAGCACCCAGGAGACGGCCUCUGUGUCGCCUCCUCCAUCGAUAAAGAAGAAACCAGCGAAGGUUUUUGUGGCAAAGUCUGACUUUCAACAAGCUCUGCAAGCCAUUGACAAUGUGAUGGACUCAGAGAAGCAUGGUGUCCUACCAAAAGCAGGCAAUACGGUUGAACAAGAGCAAAGUGCAUUCGCUGAAACAGAUGCAUCAACUGAAACAGACACAGCAAAUGUCAAGGACUCCGAAGAUCGGGAAGAUAAUGUCACUGCACGAACCGACCAGGACGAAGAGCGAGAUCAGGGACAAGCACAAGAUGAAAACAACAACAACAAUCCCACAGUGGCGUUUCUGACGGAUGUUCAAAACUCCCUCAAACAGCGAUUGAUACAAGUUGUCAACCCUAUUCCCGAUGAAGAUUACCAUGAAAAAGCACGCGGACCCUUUAUCCAACUGAAAAUCAAUGCCGAGAACGAAGCAGAGCAACGCCAAAUUGCUAGAGAAAAGGUUAUGAUUGCAGCUCAAGACGAAGCGCAACGCAAAGAAGAACAACGACGCGCCAAAUACAUCAACAAUGAUUAUGAUGAUCACGAAUUGUUGGAUCGAGACGCUCUCAAACGAGCCCGUGAGCUACGAGAACAAGUGCGAACCAUGGCAGAACAACGACAGCAACAACAAGCACAGAUUCUACUGCGAGCGAUAGAGCUCGCUCAUCGCCAAGUUCGAUUGAUUGCCGGCGAUAUCUUGGUGGAAGAGCAGCAGGAAAGUGCCAGUGGUAAUGAGAAAGACGACAACCAGCAGGCCAAAAGAGAGGCUGAUAAUGAAGCGCGACGCAAAAUCUUGCGCCAAAUGGAAUCCUCGCUGCUUGCAUUGUCCGAGUCGUUUGCCGAGACUGUAGAUCGCUCGUUGCCUAAGAAUCUCAAAGAUCUCAGGGACACCAUUGUCACCAUUGAUAAAUCGCUGCAAAAGAAACGUCAGCCCCAGAGUCAAUCGCAAACGGAGCUGGCCAUUGUAUCCAGGGACAACGAGGGAAUGCAGGAUGGCGAGGAAGCGGACCUGCCAGUUAUUGUGGAGCACAACCAAGCAUCAAUUGAUGGUUACACCCCAGAAUCCAUGUUGGCUGUGUUCUUGAGCAAGUACUAG